AUGAGCAGCGACGUUGCCCCAAGCGCAAAGAUGUCGAGAGGAAUGGUGUCAACUUCAAAAUAUACCCUGCACAAAAUAGCACGACUUAUAUCGACAUAUGGGUCGACAGGAAUACCACGAUCGAGUUAUCCACAUCAAAACGCGUUGCAGAUUCUCCAUCGUACAGAUACGAAGGAACCUUCAAAAAAAUCAAGGAGUGGAAUACGAAGCAAGGCAGUGUUUGAAACGUUUGAAUAA